AUGAUAUUCUUAAUACUCUUUAUUGGUUCAUGCUCUGCUGUCCUCAUAGAAUCAAGGGAAGGCCUUACCAAAGGGUAUAAGUCUAAUACUGGAAAAUCAUGGCAGAUGAUCAAUUUUUAUCCCUCAAAUUCUCUUCCGGCCUAUCCAAAAUAUGAGUUCGAAUAUGCAGUAUCUGAUAAAAAUACGGGAGAUCACAAACAUCAUCACGAGUCAAGAGAUGGACAUAAAGUUCGUGGAGAGUAUAGUCUCGUUGAACCUGACGGCUCUUUACGAAAAGUGCAAUAUGAUGCCGAUGAUCACAAUGGUUUUACCGCUUUAGUUAGCAAGAGUGUCCACAAACAUGGUGAUCAUGCCUAUUCCGUAAUUGGUCAAUCUAGACAUUUUGCGCCAAUAGUAAGUGGUGUUCAAUUUAACCAUUUCUUUCCGAAUAAGGACUAUUAUUAUCAAGAAGUCAUGACUAAUAGUGAUAGUAAAGCAGAAAUACCUGUUAAUGAAAAAGUAGUUGAUAUAAAAAAAGAAGAAAAAGAAAUUCCGAAUAUCGAUGAUUCCGCUGAUAAAACUAUGAUAUUGGAACCUAUUAGUAUGGAAAAUAGCGAAAAAAAUGUGGCACCAGCUAAAACACAAGAAGUAGUAAUAGAAACACCGCUCGAAAUUGAUCAGGAAAAAAUAGAACAAGUACCUGUACCAAAGAAUGAAAAAAAUAGCCUUGAGGUGGAAAGUUCAUCCAAAAUGCCCGUUUUCGAAAUGCCACUUAAUGUCCUACGCAAUGAAAACGUAGAAGAACCUAACAAUGAUAAAUUAUACAAAGAAGAUCCUCGCGAUGAUUCUGAAGUAGCAUCAUCGUAUUAUCACUCUAAGAUAUAUUAUGUGGGUUUC